GAUCUAAACUCCUGGACAGAGUGGGGUCUUGUUGUUUGGUCACUAAUUCGUGUCCAUCCCCUUGUGACCUCAUGGACUGCAGCCUGCCAGGCUCCUCUGUCUUCCACUGUCUCGUGGGGUUUGCUCCAAUUCAUGUCUGUUUAGUCGGGGUCAGUUUCCCCCUUAGUCAUUGUCCUGUCCCUUCCCUAAUGGCUUGCUGUCUAAGCUGGAGGUGAUUCUAGAGUGACUCAGGGACACCCUGCACACCCCCAGAUUCUCUGGAAACGGCAAGGAGUGUAUAUAUACUCUGGCAACAGGCACCAGCGGGAAGGCAGAGUGUGGUAGUGGACCUGCCAGGGGGAGGGUUGACUUGAUUUCCCUGGUGUGGCCACGGAGACAGGGAGGCCGGGCUGUGCGAAGGGCCUGGGGUACGAGGCCCAGAGGUGCCUGGUCUCUUCUGCCUCUACCCCAUCCCCAGCUCAGCCCUGCAGUCUGGCCUUGAGCCAGCAGCAGGCUCAGCAGGUCCCUAGGGGUGUGGUGGCGGCUGGUGGUGGAGCCAGCCUACAUCAGCCAGGCAGUCAGUGAAGCAGCACAGUCCACCGGGAAAAGCUGAGUUCCACGGCUCCCAGAGCCUGGAGAGGCGGCGUGGCCAUGAGCCCUCUGCUCUACUACGCCCUGCCCGCCCUGGGCAGCUAUGUCAUGCUGUCCUUCUUCUUCCUGCGCCGACCUCGCCUGCUGCACACACCGUGGGUUCCAGCUUUCCGUCCCCACCUGGGGGCCCACCGUGGAGGGUCUGGAGAACGCCUGGAGAACACCAUGGAGGCCAUGGAGAACUCCAUGGCCCAGCGAGCGGACUUCCUGGAGCUCGACUGCCAGCUGACUCAGGAUGGUGUGGUGGUGGUGUCACACGACAAAAACCUGUCCCGCCAGACAGGUGUGAACAGGGACGUGGGCAGCCUGAACUUUGAGGACCUGCCCCUCUUAAAGGAAGAGCUAGAGGUCUACUUCUCACCAGGCCACUUUGCACGCGGGGCCGACCGGCACAUGGUGCGUCUGGAGGACUUGUUCCGGAGGUUCCCGAGGACGCCCAUGAGUGUGGAAGUCAAAGAGCGAAAUGAAGAGCUCAUUCACAAGAUAGCAUGCCUGGUGAGGCACUAUGACCGCAACGAAAUCACCAUCUGGGCCUCGGAGAAGAGUUCCAUCAUGAAGAAAUGCAAGGCUGCUAACCCUGAGAUGCCCACCUCCUUCACACUGAGCCGAGGGUUCUGGGUGCUGCUGUUCUAUUACCUGGGGCUGCUGCCCUUCAUCUCCAUCCCCGAGAAGUUCUUCAUGUGCUUCCUGCCGACCAUCAUCAACAGAGACUCUUCCAAAAGGAGUGGGGUGAGGCUGCUCGAAGGGUCACUACCACCCCACCCCUGUGACAGAGAGACCCAGGGGCUGACCACACCACCACCUCUCCACAGGACCUACUUCCCGUUUUCCCGCCCAGGGCUGAAUCAACUGGCGGCUGUGGUUGCCAAAUGGCUCAUCAUGAGGAAGAGUCUGAUCCAACACCUGCAGCAGCGAGGGGUGCAGGUGAGCAAGUGGUGGCUCACAGCAUGGGCCUGCUGGCUCUGCUUCUGACUGGCUGGGUCACUUGGCAGGUGGUAUUUUGGUGCCUUAAUGAAGAGUCAGACUUCGAAGCAGCCUUCAACCUGGGGGCCACUGGCGUCAUAACUGAUUACCCAACAGCCCUGAGGUGCUACCUGGACAGCCGUGGACCACCUGCCCUGGCCUCCUAACCUAGAGGUUCCUCAUCCUCUCCUCUGUUUCUCUUCUCCAAUAAAUAUAUUCUUCUCA